AUGACUUUCUCUCGCCUGAUUCGACCCCAUCAUCAUCAUCAAGCCCAUCGCAAGAUCGAGUCGUGUUCACCACAUCAAAGGCGUGAGUGGUCCACCCGUUCCCGUUCCCGUCGGAUCCCAUCCCCAAAGCUGACUCGCUUUUCUUUGGGUUGUCGCUACAGUCAACGUCUCCCAUCGUACCUCAAGACCCAAGUUCCCGUGUCUGCGUCCUACAACAAGAUCAAGAACGAUCUGCGUGGGCUCAAGCUGCACACCGUGUGCGAAGAGGCGAGGUGUCCCAACAUCGGCCAGUGCUGGGGUGGCGACAAGGGUGAUGCGACCGCGACCAUCAUGGUGCGUUGUUGCAUCUGUUUGCUUCCUGACACUUGACAAGCCUAAGCAAAGAUUCGAUCUUGCAGCUCAUGGGUGACACUUGUACCCGAGGGUGUCGUUUCUGCGCGAUCAAGACCGCCAAACGACCGCCGCCUCUCGACGUACAUGAGCCUGAAAACACCGCCGAAGCCAUCUCUCGAUGGGGUGUUGGGUACAUCGUUAUGACCAGUGUUGACCGAGAUGGUGAGUCGUAAAGAGCAAGCCUCCGCUAAGAGAGACGCUUCGCUGCGGUCGUGGAGCUCAGGGACGCUGAUUUUUGGGUCUCGCGUCUUUUUCUCUUUAGAUAUUGCCGAUGGAGGAGCAUCUCACUUUGCCGAGACGAUCCGAAAAACCAAAUCAAAGUGAGCCAUCGGCAGCUACAACAACUUCAUUCCAUCUCAUGAAUCGACCUGACCCGUGCUUUUAUCACAUCCCCCCCAACAGAGCCCCCCACAUCCUAAUUGAAGCCUUGACAGGCGAUUUUCAAGGCGACAAGGACGCCAUCUCCCUCGUUGCCCGAUCAGGAUUGGACGUGUACGCGCACAACAUGGAAACAACCGAGAACCGAACGCCGUUCGUGCGAGACCCGCGCGCGACGUUCCGACAGUCGUUGGAGGUGUUGAGGGUCGCCAAGCAGGCGAAACCGGGAUUGAUCACCAAGACGAGCAUCAUGUUGGGUGUAGGCGAGACGGACGAGGAGGUCCUGGACACACUAAAGGGUGAGACUGGCGAACAAUGGCGUUCCCUCUCUCACGUGCUCCUCGAAGGCUGAUCGUGCUGCUCGGAUCCGCCCCUUCACAGAACUGCGCAAGGUCGAUGUCGACGUCGUCACAUUCGGACAAUACAUGCGACCAACCAAGAAGCACAUGAAGGUCUCUUCCUACGUCACGCCCGAACGAUUCGAUCACUGGGGGCGGGAGGCCGAGCGACUCGGCUUCCUGUACUGGGCCUCGGGUCCGUUGGUGCGCUCGAGCUUCAAGGCCAACGAGUUGCUCAAGAGUGUGCUGGGUAAGAGGUUGAUCAAGGGGAUGAAAGGGAGGGGACAGGGCGUCGAUGUCGUGGGUCAGGAUGGGGAGAGGAGAACUCUGGAAGGUGUGAGGGCUUAG